AUGGCUGCUGAGGUGAAUGGCAGCUCUGCUCCAGCCAAGGAGGAAGAAGAACCCAUGGAUGUCUCGGCUGCACACUCUGAGAACUACCAGACCCUCAUUGAUGCUGGCCUGCCCCAAAAAGUAGCAGAAAGCUUGGACAACAUCUUUCAGACUGGUUUGGUGGCCUAUGCUGACCUAGACGAGAGGGCAAUCGAUGCUCUGCGGGAGUUUAAUGAAGAAGGAGCGCUGUCUGUACUGCAGCAGUUUAAAGAAAGUGACUUGUCCCAUGUUCAGAAUAAGAGUGCUUUCCUGUGUGGUGUCAUGAAGACAUACAGACAGAGAGAAAAGCAAGGCAGCAAAAUACAGGAAUCCACAAAAGGUCCCGAUGAGACAAAGAUAAAGGCGCUGCUGGAGAGGACAGGCUAUACCCUGGAUGUCACCACAGGCCAGAGGAAAUAUGGCGGCCCACCCCCAGAGGAGGUGUUCUCUGGCACACAGCCUGGCAUUGGAACAGAGGUGUUUGUAGGAAAGAUUCCUCGGGAUUUGUAUGAAGAUGAGUUGGUUCCACUCUUUGAGAAGGCUGGGCCAAUAUGGGACCUGAGGUUAAUGAUGGACCCACUGUCUGGGCAGAACCGUGGCUACGCAUUCAUUACUUUCUGCAGCAAAGAAGCAGCACAGGAAGCUGUCAAACUGUGUGAUAAUUAUGAGAUCAGGCCAGGGAAGUAUUUGGGCGUCUGCAUCUCUGUGGCCAACAACCGCCUGUUUGUCGGCUCAAUUCCAAAGAACAAGACCAGGGAGAGCAUCCUAGAGGACUUUGGCAAAGUGACAGAGGGUCUGCAGGAAGUGAUUCUCUACACGCAGGCAGACGAUAAGAAGAAGAACCGGGGAUUCUGCUUCCUGGAAUACGAGGACCACAAGUCAGCAGCUCAGGCCCGCCGGCGGCUCAUGAGUGGCAAAGUGAAGGUGUGGGGGAAUCCUGUUACUGUGGAAUGGGCGGAUCCAGUUGCUGAGCCUGAUCCUGAAGUCAUGGCAAAGGUCAAGGUGUUGUUUGUUCGUAAACUAGCCACUCCUGUCACAGAGGAGUUGUUGGAGAAGACUUUCUCACAGUUUGGGAAGCUGGAGCGUGUGAAGAAGCUGAAAGACUAUGCCUUUGUGCACUUUGAGGAGCGAGAUGCUGCUGUUAAGGCUAUGGAGGAGAUGAAUGGGAAGGAGCUGGGGGGAGAGGAGAUUGAGAUCGUCCUGGCCAAGCCUCCAGACAAGAAGAGGAAAGAACGUCAAGCUGCCAGGCAGACCAGCAGAAACGCAGGGUAUGACGACUAUUAUUACUACCCUCCUCCCCGCAUGCCGCCCCCAGGGCGUGGUCGGGGCCGUGGUGGCAGGGGUGGCUAUGCUUACCCUCCUGAUUACUAUGGUUAUGAAGAAUACUAUGAUGACUACUACGGCUAUGAUUAUCACGAUUACCGUGGCGGCUAUGAUGACCCCUACUACGGUUACGAUGACAUGUAUUCUAUGAGGGGGCGCGGCAGUCGUGGUAGCCGCGGUGCUCCGCCCCCUCCUAGAGCUCGUGGGGUUCCUCCGGCCCGUGGAAGGGGUGGUUACGCACCAAGGGGAGGAGCUCCCAUGGGAGCUGGGCGAGGAGGGCGUGGAGGGGGGCGUGGCGGACCCUUCCAGCCACCAAGGGGGCGUGGCACUAGAGGAGCCAGGGGAAACCGCGGCGGAAACGUUGGUGGGAAGAGGAAGGCCGACGUGUUCAACCAGCCAGAUUCGAAGCGGCGCCAGACGACCAACCAGCAGAACUGGGGGUCACAGCCUAUCGCCCAGCAGCCGUUACAGCAGGGUGGCGACUACUCUGGUAACUACGGUUACAGCAACGACACUCUGGAGUUCUCCCAGGAUUCCUAUGGCCAGCAGUGGAAGUAGACGACACAAACAACAACAAGAAUAUGUCAGUGACACAAAAAGGACACGCCCCAGAAUUGGCAUCACAAAUCCCGAUUGGCUGAAAGUACGUUUUGGCUGAAGACAAGAAUGUAUCCGAUCCUCCUCCUGCCCCUGAUUGGUUUGCUUACACACAUGCCUGAGUGGGACAUUUUGUCUUAAAUCGUACUCCACUUUUAUCCCUUCCAUUUGUUCUUUGUUUUAAAGCCAGCAAUGAACAUUUUAAAGAAACAAGGACUUUUGACUUCUAAAACGUAAUUAAAAAAGAAAAAGAAUACAAGCAAAAAAAAAGGUCUGAGAGAACAUUUAAAAAAUCAUGAAAUUUGUCUUGCAGAAAGCUCAUGUCCAAACAUUCAACCCACCCACCCAUUACUGGACUACCCUACCUUCCUACUUUCUCUUCCCUCUCCUCGCUUGCUCUCUCUUUCUCUCUGUGAUUUCUGCUAGUGGCAUAGGGACUUGCUUGUAAAUAAUGGCUGUCAGCUUUAGCUUCAUUUUCAUUUUUU